UCUCUGAAGCAAGCGAGCUGUGCACGCUCACACUAAUCUGCUGCUGUUUGCGAGUGAGAGGCUGAACCACUGCCCUAUCUGUCUGAGCCCAGGGGCUAGCCGCUGCUGUUCUUCUGUCGUCUGAGGCUGUGUUUUCCAGGGGCUUCCAUCCAGUUGCCAGGUAGAUCCUUGGCUCCACUCCCUCGCUGUUCUUGCCUGGCUUGUUAGCGCCACAGACUGACAGGAUGAUUGCUGCCCAGCUCCUGGCCUACUACUUCACGGAACUUAAGGAUGACCAGAUCAAGAAGAUUGAUAAGUACCUCUAUGCCAUGCGCUUUUCGGAUGAGACGCUACUGGAUGUAAUGGGCCGCUUCAGGCGGGAGCUGGAGUUUGGCCUUAAGCGUGACACCAACCCCACAGCUACAGUCAAGAUGCUGCCCACCUUCGUCCGCUCCAUACCCGAUGGCUCAGAAAAGGGAGAUUUCAUUGCUUUAGACCUUGGAGGGUCCAACUUCCGAAUCUUGCGGGUGAAGGUGUCCCAUGAGAAGAAGCAGACGGUGCAGAUGGAGAGCCAGAUAUACGACACCCCAGAAGAUAUCAUCCAUGGGAGUGGAACCCGGCUUUUUGACUAUGUGGCAGAGUGCCUCGGUGACUUCAUGGACAAGCAGAAAAUAAAAGACAAGAAGCUUCCAGUCGGACUGACCUUUUCCUUCCCGUGUGCCCAAAGCAAACUGGAUGAGGGUAUUUUGCUAACCUGGACGAAACGUUUCAAAGCUAGUGGGGUGGAGGGGAUGGAUGUGGUGAAGCUCCUCAACAAGGCCAUCAAGAAGCAAGGGGACUAUGAUGCAGAUAUCAUGGCAGUGGUCAACGACACGGUUGGAACUAUGAUGACCUGUGGAUUUGAUGACCAGCGCUGUGAAGUUGGCAUUAUCAUAGGGACAGGCACCAAUGCCUGCUACAUGGAGGAGAUGAGGCACAUUGACCUGGUGGAGGGAGACGAGGGCCGCAUGUGUAUCAACACUGAGUGGGGCGCUUUCGGCGAUGAUGGCAUGCUAGAGGACAUUCGCACCGAGUUUGACCGGGAGAUCGACCGGGGCUCCCUCAACCCAGGGAAACAGCUGUUUGAGAAGAUGGUUAGCGGGUUGUACAUGGGUGAACUUGUCCGCCUCAUCCUGGUCAAGAUGGCCAAGGAGGGGAUGCUGUUUGAGGGAAGGAUCACCCCCGAGCUUCUCACCAAAGGGAAAUUUGAAACGAAACAUGUCUCUGCUAUCGAGAAGAGCAAGGAGGGCCUAUCCAAGGCCAAGGAGAUCCUGACCCGAUUGGGAGUGGAGCCGUCGCAUGAUGACUGUGUGGCCGUGCAGCAUGUGUGUGCCGUGGUCUCAUUCCGCUCUGCAAACCUCAUUGCGGCCACACUGGGUGCUAUCCUCCACCGGCUGAAGGACAACAAGGGUACUCCACGGCUGCGCACCACCGUGGGCAUCGAUGGCUCCCUCUACAAGAUGCACCCACACUAUGCCCGACGUCUGCACAAGACUGUACGCCGCCUGGUCCCAGAUUCGGACGUGCGCUUCCUGCUGUCAGAGAGUGGGAGUGGCAAGGGUGCUGCCAUGGUGACGGCAGUGGCCUAUCGGCUGGCCGAUCAAUCUCGGCAGAUUGCUCAGACACUGGCUGAGUUUCGGUUGACAAAGGAGCAGCUGCUGGACGUCAAGAGGAAGAUGAGGGUAGAGAUCGAGAAUGGCCUAGGCAAAAAGUCCCACGACACCUCCACUGUCAAGAUGCUGCCCACCUUCGUCCGCAGCACUCCUGAUGGGACAGAAAACGGGGACUUCCUGGCACUGGACCUGGGGGGGACAAACUUCAGGGUUUUGCUGGUGAAGAUUCGCAGUGGAAAGAGGCGGACUGUGGAGAUGCAUAACAAAAUCUAUGCUAUCCCACUAGAGAUCAUGCAGGGCACUGGGGAAGAGCUCUUUGAUCACAUAGUGCACUGCAUCUCUGACUUCCUGGACUACAUGGGAAUGAAGAACGCCCGCUUACCUUUGGGAUUCACCUUCUCCUUUCCCUGUAAACAGACCAGCCUGGAUGCGGGUAUCCUAAUAAAAUGGACUAAAGGUUUCAAGGCUACCGACUGUGAAGGUGAGGAUGUUGUGAACCUGCUCCGGGAGGGGAUCAAGAGGAGGGAGGAGUUUGACCUGGAUGUGGUGGCUGUGGUGAACGACACAGUAGGAACAAUGAUGACAUGUGCUUACGAAGAGCCCACUUGUGAGAUUGGACUCAUCGCAGGCACUGGGAGCAACGCGUGUUAUAUGGAGGAGAUGCGCAACAUCGAGACAGUUGAGGGCACCGAAGGCCGCAUGUGCGUCAAUAUGGAGUGGGGCGCCUUUGGGGACAAUGGGUGCCUGGAUGACAUCAGGACAAAGUAUGACGAAGCAGUUGAUGAUCUCUCACUCAAUGCCGGCAAACAGAAGUAUGAGAAAAUGUGCAGUGGGAUGUACCUUGGUGAGAUCGUCAGGAACAUCCUUAUUGACCUCACAAAGCGAGGGUUUCUGUUCAGGGGGCAGAUUUCAGAGACCCUGAAAACUCGAGGCAUCUUUGAAACAAAGUUUCUUUCCCAGAUUGAGAGUGAUCGGCUGGCGCUGCUGCAGGUCAGAUCAAUUCUGCAGCAGUUGGGCCUGGACACCACGUGUGACGACAGUAUCAUUGUCAAGGAAGUGUGUGGCACCGUGUCCCGCCGAGCCGCCCAGCUAUGUGGAGCUGGCAUGGCUGCUGUCGUUGACAAGAUCCGUGAGAACCGAGGGCUGGACCACUUGGAUAUCACUGUGGGAGUGGAUGGCACGCUCUACAAGCUCCAUCCGCACUUCUCAAAGCUCAUGCACCAAACGGUGAAGCAGCUCGCACCCAAGUGUGAUGUCACCUUCCUUUUGUCAGAGGAUGGCAGUGGUAAGGGAGCAGCGCUGAUCACAGCUGUUGGCUGCCGCAUGCGACAGCAAGAGCAGCAGAACUGAACCAUCACGUUCACCUGCCUUUUACCCCCACCAGCGCCCUGUCCUCACAUCAGUCUCCUGCUGCACCUACAUUGCUACAUCUAAAACACUGACAGGGUGGUGGGAUGGGUGUAUCCUGCACAUAUUCUCACUUUCUCCUGGGAAUUAAGAACAAAAUUGAAAUGCAAUAUAACCUAUAACUCUUUACAACUUAAGGCUGUAUUAUAUUACAUAUAAGAGGUUCAUUGGGUGAGCUUUUGAAGUAUUGUGAAACUACUGUAGGCAUUCAUAUAGGGUGUAUGUUAGCAAGUUAAAAGGACAAUUAACUUGUAUGAAACCUUAACCCCUUCACCAUAUGUUUAAUUUAUUUAAAAAAAAUUUGAGGGGAGAGUUAUGAGAUUAUAAAGGUUGCAUUACAUGAGCCAAGAGGCACAGGAGCAGGUCGGGCAGAACAGGGGCUUUCAUUUUGAACGUGUCGUUCCAAUUUUUCUGUCAAGUUGUCCAAUGGGGUUUUUGUAUUAAAUUCGGUAAUUCAGAUUGUGGGCAUUUGAUCUGCGACCAGGAGCCUUUUGCGCACCAUAGCAUUUUCCCUGCUGUGAAGGUUGCACAUAAUAGUCGUGGUUGUGUGUCCCGAGUCGUAUGUCUUGCGAUUGUAUCAUGUGACUACCCUGCCCCCCCCCCCAAACACACACACACAUGCAAUCUCAUACAAACACAUAGUUUCUCCUCUUCCCUGAAACACAGUUAAGUAAUCAAAGGUCUUGUCUUGUCUUGGUGUUUCAGCUCACACACCCCCCCCCCCCCCCCCCAAAAAAAAAAAAACUUCCAAUACUGUAUAUCUCGUUGCUUUUGUGAACUGGUUGUCAUGUUGAGUAUGAUCUAUAGGCCGUGCCCAUUCUGAACAGGAUUUUAAAAUAUGUCACAAAGUGAGCAGGCUGCGUAAAUAUAGAGGAUUUUCAGUGUGUCUUGUGUGCUGCUGCUGAAUGUUUCUGCAUCCUACCAUCAGACAUCUUGUAGCUUUACAUAUUCAUGAAUGCAUGCCUUACCGGUAACUUGAAAAAGUAUUGGGUACAUUUAUUUUGUACAGUGUUAGAGCAUUUCAUGUCACAUCAGAUGCACUAGUGUUACAACAAAAAAAGACGACAGAAUAUAAUAAAGUUUAUUUUGAUGUGCAACAAAAACAAAUCAA